UAUCAGUGGGUGUUUCCAGGAAGUUAGCAGUGUAUAAAAGUAGGAACCUUCAUAAUGCAGCAGAUACUGCUGUCCCUCUGAAGCACCAGUACAUCCGACUACUCUCCACAGACUUGUCCUGACCAACCAGUGCGCAAACAUGAGCAGUGACACCAAUGUCCUCCUUCCCCUGAGACUGGUGUUAGUGGGGAUGAGUGGAGUAGGAAAGAGUGCAGCAGGAAACACCAUCCUGGGGAGAGAGGAGUUUAAAUCUGAGGCCAGCCCCUCAUCUCUGACCCUGACAAGUGAGGGAAGAGAAGAAGACAUGUUUGGGAGAACAGUGCUUGUGGUGGACACUCCUGGCCUCUGCAACACUGAGAUCUCAGGGGAGAAGCUGAGAGAGGAGAUGCAGACAGCCCUGACUCUGUGUGGCCGUGGACCUGACGCUUUCCUCCUGGUCAUACAGCUGGGAAGAUUCACUCAGCAGGAGAGGACAGUGAUGGAGACCCUGCAGGAGCUCUUCCCUGAGGGAGUGAAUCAGCGCACCAUGGUCCUCUUCACUUAUGGAGACAGACUGAGGAAGAAAACCAUUGAGGAGUUCAUCAGAAGUGACGCAAACCUGCAGCAGCUCAUAGAGAAGUGUGGGAAUCGAUACCAUGUCUUUAAUAACCAGCAAAUGGAGAGUCGCUCUCAGGUCUCAGAGCUGCUGCAGAAGAUUGGUAACAUGGUGGCCACUGAGAAGCAGACAUUGGAUGAAGGAGACACCAAUGUCCUCCUUCCCCUGAGACUGGUGUUAGUGGGGAUGAGUGGAGUAGGAAAGAGUGCAGCAGGAAACACCAUCCUGGGGAGAGAGGAGUUUAAAUCUGAGGCCAGCCCCUCAUCUCUGACCCUGACAAGUGAGGGAAGAGAAGAAGACAUGUUUGGGAGAACAGUGCUUGUGGUGGACACUCCUGGCCUCUGCAACACUGAGAUCUCAGGGGAGAAGCUGAGAGAGGAGAUGCAGACAGCCCUGACUCUGUGUGGCCGUGGACCUGACGCUUUCCUCCUGGUCAUACAGCUGGGAAGAUUCACUCAGCAGGAGAGGACAGUGAUGGAGACCCUGCAGGAGCUCUUCCCUGAGGGAGUGAAUCAGCGCACCAUGGUCCUCUUCACUUAUGGAGACAGACUGAGGAAGAAAACCAUUGAGGAGUUCAUCAGAAAUGACGCAAACCUGCAGCAGCUCAUAGAGAAGUGUGGGAAUCGAUACCAUGUCUUUAAUAACCAGCAAAUGGAGAGUCGCUCUCAGGUCUCAGAGCUGCUGCAGAAGAUUGGUAACAUGGUGGCCACUGAGAAGCAGACAUUGGAUGAAGGAGACACCAAUGUCCUCCUUCCCCUGAGACUGGUGUUAGUGGGGAUGAGUGGAGUAGGAAAGAGUGCAGCAGGAAACACCAUCCUGGGGAGAGAGGAGUUUAAAUCUGAGACCAGCCCCUCAUCUCUGACCCUGACAAGUGAGGGAAGAGAAGAAGACAUGUUUGGGAGAACAGUGCUUGUGGUGGACACUCCUGGCCUCUGCAACACUGAGAUCUCAGGGGAGAAGCUGAGAGAGGAGAUGCAGACAGCCCUGGCUCUGUGUGGCCGUGGACCUGACGCUUUCCUCCUGGUCAUACAGCUGGGAAGAUUCACUCAGCAGGAGAGGACAGUGAUGGAGACCCUGCAGGAGCUCUUCCCUGAGGGAGUGAAUCAGCGCACCAUGGUCCUCUUCACUUAUGGAGACAGACUGAGGAAGAAAACCAUUGAGGAGUUCAUCAGAAAUGACGCAAACCUGCAGCAGCUCAUAGAGAAGUGUGGGAAUCGAUACCAUGUCUUUAAUAACCAGCAAAUGGAGAGUCGCUCUCAGGUCUCAGAGCUGCUGCAGAAGAUUGGUAACAUGGUGGCCACUGAGAAGCAGACAUUGGAUGAAGGAGCCAGACACUACCCCAUAAACAGCUCCAGCACAGAGACAAUCCCUGCUCCUCACUGGCUGCCCUCUGGCUCAGCUAUAGGUAAGCCUCACCAGCAUUUAACACAUGACAGAUGAAAGCUCAACCUAACCCUAACCCUAACCUUAGCAAGGUAUGACAGCAACCUAGCUCCUUUAUGAACUUGAAUUUAAAGCUAGCAAGCCAAACUGUUUAGUAAAUG